AAGAUGGGCAGAGACGCUUCUGCGCCUGCGCUCGGGAACCUUGGUUGGCACCGAGAGGGUCAGUGGAAUCCGAAGGAGGGUCAGUGGAAUCCGAGGGAAGCAUGUCUGCCCCGUUUGAGGAGCGAAGUGGGGUGGUUCCUUGUGUGACGCCCUGGGGCCAGUGGUACCAGACCCUAGAGGAGGUGUUUAUCGAGGUCCAGGUGCCACCGGGCACUCGUGCCCAAGAGAUCCAGUGCAGCCUGCAGAGUCGGCAUGUGGAGCUAGCCGUGCGGGGCCAGGAGAUCCUCAAGGGCAAACUCUUUGAUUCUACAAUAGCUGAUGAAGGAACAUGGACAUUAGAGGACAGAAAAAUGGUCCGCAUAGUUCUUACCAAGACAAAGAGAGAUGCAGCAAAUUGUUGGACCUCUCUCUUAGAAACCGAAUAUGCAGCUGAUCCUUGGGUACAGGACCAAAUGCAAAGGAAACUUACCCUGGAGAGAUUCCAAAAAGAAAACCCAGGUUUUGACUUCAGUGGAGCAGAAAUCUCAGGAAACUACAGUAAAGGUGGACCAGAUUUCUCUAGUCUCGAAAAAUAAAAACUGCCAUUUUUAACUAUGUUCCAUGGACCCGAGAAGAUGUUGCCAAUGUAAAAGGAUUGGAUUAUGUGAUUGAGGAAAACUUCAUUUGCCUACACAGCUGAAUGAGAAUUGUAAAAAAAAAAAAUUAAAUGUGACUUCAAAGAAUGCAUUCAAAAUGCAGUUUACAUAGAAAACAUUCUGAAUUUCAAUGGAAACUGUUCUGGAGAAGUGGUCUUUUUUUUGGACUUACUUCCCUCAGCAGGACAUUUUAAACAGGUCUUGAACUCUUAUUAGUUUGUUAAGCAGUGGGCCAUAAUCAUGCAAAGCUCAAGUGUGCCUUCAGGGGAAAUUAAAAGUUUUUCUUUGGAAAACUGUAAUUCAGAAUAACUGUCAAUAAAGCUUUCUAAUUCCAAAAAUGGGAUAGGUAUUACCCACCAAUUUUAAAGUACCAAAGGGAAAUGAUUCACCUUAGUGAAAGUCCAACAAUGAUUGAAAAAUAAAAAGUCUGAUUCUUAAACUGGCAUAAUAUUCCUAUGAAACAUUGUUUUGUUAAGUUAUAGUACUACACCCAUUUUUUUAUGGGCACGUUGGAAGAGCUGGAGAUAGGGGGUGAAAGUAGCUAUAAUGUAAACAAAGUAUUCUUAUGAACCUAAAUGUAACCCAAUAAAUCAAUUUUAGCAAUCCUUAACUCCCCUUAAUAGUCGUAAUAGUAUGACAAUUUCUAGUCCUUCAAGCCUCCAAUCUCUAGAUUGCUGAGUAGAGGGACUGAGACCUAAUACUUGUAUUACCCAUUAGAGAUUAAUUACUAAAUGAUGUACAACACAAGUAAACAUUUUUUCUUGGCAGUGAACACACAUUAAAGGUGGCCAGUAUGGAAAGCCAAAUUCCAGGCUCUCUGGGUCUCUUCAUUUUACCUAAAGCAAGUUCUUAUCCUGGGAUGAUUUUAAAAUAUAUAUAUGUGUACCUGUACACACACACACAUUGAUAACUUUUAGUACAUUGGUUUCCUUUGUAAGUUGAAAGAUUUUAUACAUUUGAAGUUUUUCUUUCCCAAAGGUCCAUAGGCUUCAUUGGAUUGCUAAAGCAUUCAUGACACAAAAAGGGUUUAAGAACCCCUGACUUCACUGUGGACUUAGGUUAUAGGAUUUUAAAUAAACUCCAAAGUUUAACUAC